GACUUGUUGCAGAUGACAAAUUUAAUUUUUAAUUUUAAAAUCUUUGUGCGAAUUGGUUUUAUACUUAACCUUGUACUAGCAAAAACAAAUGUCUUAAGCUCUUAGCUGUCACCAUCCUCAACCUCGCUCUGCGUCUCUGAUUCUUCACUCUUUUCGACAACCCACAAAACCCUAAACCAAUCCCACCCUCAAAACCCUAAAAACAAUCGAAAUGCAGUAGCUUUCCGAGAACCCAUGAACAUUUCCAUGCAGAUGAGAUGAGAACGUCCUCCUACACUCUCGUUUCCCGCCUCCGCCGCACCCACCGCUUCAGUCCUCGCUGCUCCUCCCAAUUUCUGCUCUUUCACUACUCAGACCCCCGGAACGACUAUCGCAGCCUCCCCCAAAAGGCUCCGUUUAGCUCCUCUGCUCACACUCUGCUGCGCGGCCUGGUUUCCUCAGCUGCCUGCUCGGAACGGGUCGUUUUGUUCGACUUGGUUUCGUCCGAUAGUGUUGUUCAUCGUCGUCAGCAGCCGCAGCGGCACUUGCUCCAUCGCAGUUUCUUUACUAGAGCUAAGCAGGUGAAGAUUGAAUUCAAUGACCAGCACAGUCAAAGGGCAGUCACAACUGCAUUGUGGUGCAACUUCCUUGUCUUUUCACUCAAGUUCGGUGUCUGGUUAUCCACCUCUAGCCAUGUUAUGUUUGCCGAAGUUGUGCACUCAGUUGCUGAUUUUGCAAAUCAGGCGCUUCUUGCUUAUGGUUUGAGUAGCUCAAGGCGUGCACCAGAUGCUCUCCACCCUUAUGGAUACUCCAAGGAAAGAUUUGUCUGGUCUUUGAUAUCUGCUGUUGGUAUCUUUUGUCUUGGUUCUGGUGCGACUAUCAUUCAUGGAGUUCAAAACUUGUGGACUUCACAGCCCCCUCCAAAUAUUCAGUAUGCAGCUCUUGUGAUUGGUGGCUCAUUUAUUAUUGAAGGUGCUUCUCUUCUUGUUGCCAUACAAGCCGUCAAGAAAGGUGCAGCUGCUGAGGGCAUGAAACUGAGAGACUAUAUAUGGCGUGGACAUGAUCCCACAUCUGUUGCAGUCAUGACAGAGGAUGGGGCAGCUGUAACUGGGCUUGCUAUUGCUGCGGCAUCAUUGGUUGCAGUGAAUAGAACAGGAAAUGCAAUUUAUGAUCCCAUAGGAUCGAUUGUAGUUGGCAACCUACUUGGAAUGGUGGCUAUUUUUCUGAUCCAAAGGAAUCGACAUGCUUUGAUUGGCAGGGCAAUGGAUGACCAUGAUAUGGAGAAGGUUCUCCAAUUUUUGAAAAAUGACCCGGUUGUGGAUUCUCUAUAUGAUUGCAAAAGCGAGGUGAUUGGUCCUGGGUUCUUCAGAUUUAAGGCUGAAAUAGAUUUCAAUGGAGUAGUGGUAGUUCAAAAUUAUCUCCAUAGGACUGGGCGUGGAGAAUGGGCAAGACAGUUUCGUGAGGCUGCAAAGGAGAAGGAUGAUACUGCAUUGCUUAAAAUGAUGUCAAACUAUGGUGAAGAGGUAGUGACAGCAUUAGGAAGUGAAGUCGAUAGAUUGGAAAAGGAGAUCCAAAAGCUUGUUCCUGGUAUACGGCAUGUUGAUAUCGAGGCGCACAAUCCAACAGAAGUAUCCCCAUGAUUCACAAAUUUAUCUUUAUGUGGUAAUGUCUGAUCAUUCUUUGCAGAAAAUCUGUUGUGCUACCAUUUACUUAAUGACAUGAACGGCUUCUUGCUUCUUUUAGGCAGGAUAUAGAAACGGUAUAUACAACCUGUCGAUAGUUAUGUUAGAUA